AUGGAUGUUAAACAGAAUGGUUUGGUUCAGUCAAAUACAGCCAUCGAUUUCAUUUACUAUGCACAAAAGAUAGAAUGGAGUGCUGCCAGAGCGGUGUGUCGAAGUUUAGGCGGAGAUUUGGCAAAGAUAGACUCUCGGGAGCUUAUGAAUUUCUUAGCAUGGCUUGCCGAAGAUACAUACAAAACGGAUAUUUUCGUUGAAGAGUACUGGGUUGGAUUAGUUCAGCUAACGGAAGAUGAACGUUUCUGGAUCACAGACUGCGCUAACCUUACGUACACGGCAAACUUUGUCCAGGGGUUUGACCCGGAGAAAUUAUGUUUUAGGCAUAAACAUGACCACAGUGGAGAGCGGAGACUUUGCACCUCGAAAGAAGGUUUUAUGUGCCAAGUUCAAUCUCCAAACAAUUGUCAACUAACUUCACUUCUCAAAAGUGAGGUAUUGUCUGUGGGAACAGACAUGGCUGGUUGUCAAUCCCUGUGUGAAGACGACCCGGACUGCUGGGCGACUGUAGAAUACGUGCCUGACAAUUGCGUAACACUGGCAUUACCUGGUCACGGUGUCCAGAAUUUAACAUUUACACCCAAAUUCUGUUAUAAUAUUACUUUGAAUACGACAACAGUUAUUCCAGACCUUACCAACAACAACGCCAUCCCGAACGCAACAUGUGGAAUGUUGUCUAUUACGCCCACACCAACCAAUUCAUUAGUGGUUACAUCUAUAGCUUUACCUCCAUGCCAACUUGUAAACGUCACACAAAACGUCACACUAACGUCGACUGAGAGCAUUACUGUAACGACUACGAAUUAUUCAACCUUUACGUCCACUUUUACUUCAACAGAACAGUUAAAUAUUACCUUUACAGAAACUACGACAGAAAUAACAACAGCUACUUCGACAGAAAUAAUGACACAGAAUGUCACACGUACAACUUUUAUAUUUACUGAUACAACGACUAGCACGGAGAGCAUUUAUAUAAAUUGGACUGACACCGUUACUUCCACGGUGCUCUCUACAUACACUCAAAAUGUUACAACCGAGCAGGCGGAAGAAGUAGCGGCGGAAAUAGCUAAAAACUUAACGGUUGAUUCAAAAUCGACGUCAUCACAUAUUCGGCGACUUACAAGCGCCGAUGACAAACGUCGGUCAGCGAAGUAUCUUGGCUAUGUAGGGAUUCUUUGCGUUACUCUUCCGCUGGGGAUGUUGUUAUUAGCUGAUAUCAAAAAACUGUUUCUUGAUUUUCGCUCACAUGAAAACAUCUAUAAAAAUAGGAACUAAUUUGCAAUAGUAUACAAUGCAUAAAUUUCCAUAUUGUAUAAGACCAUCAUUCUUUAAUAACGGUUAGCCCAAUAUUUUUAGAAAAAUACUCAAACCACAAAAUCAUAGAAAGAAAGGGUAUUGUAUAUGAAAAUUGAACAGCAUAUAAAACAUGUAUAUUACUCUACAAAACAAAUGCCAGUUUACUGAUAUAUGUAUUGAAUUCCAGAAAAGGACUGCAUAAUGGGGCAACACUUUCGGACAGUUCAACGCCUUUAAAAAUAUCACCAUUUUCAAAGAACUAGAGCUCUAUAACAUAUCUUCGUUUUAAUGCAUUUGCAAUAAUGACCCAGUGCUUAAAUUUCACAUAACUAAAUGGAACGUAGUUUUCAGCAAUUUUUUAUUUUUGUUUCUUUACAAAUGGCAUUCAUUUUUUAACUAUCAGUCGUACAGAACAGUACGGUAGAACAUGUAAUGGACAGGCAGAUUGUUGGUAAAGAUAUUUUUUGUUUGUCAAAUAUGUCUGUGUUUUAAUGAUAUAUUCCUAAACCUGAAGGAAAUUUCUAAAAUGAAAAAGUUUACCAUAACGCCUAGUUUUGAACGAUCUUGUGGGCCAUGAUGUAAAAAUCAAAAAUUUCGUGCAAUUUGACUUAUUCCUGAGUGUUAUCUAUGCCAUUGAAGGAAUGGAAUUCUGUUUGUCGUAAUUUCCAUGAAAUAUUAAAUGUCUGAACAUAAA